AUGUCCUUCCUGGGCGGUGCCGUCUUCUCCAACUACGACCGCACGGAACAACACUCGGGCUCCCCGGCCAUGGCGCCUCUCGCGCACCACGAGGAGGACGGGGGGGCGGCGACGACCGACGGCGAAGCCGCCGAACGCCGCUCCCAUCACGAGGCCAACCGGACGCGGAACACCUCGGUAGGCGAGACCGAGAAGGAGUUGACGGGAGGGUCGAGCAACGCCACGCAAGUCGGAGAGGAUUCCGAGCUCGAGCGGCGUGAGUCCAUAGUGCACGAACUCGCCCGCCGGUACACUACCCAGUCGCAUGCCGCCCGCGUCGACGGCCACAACCCGUACUUGGACGCCGGCAAGGACUCGCCUCUCAACCCCAACUCGGCCAAUUUCAGCGCGCGCGCCUGGGCCAAGUCCAUCGUCCAGAUGGCCGAUCGCGACGGCCACGAGUUCCGCACCGCCGGCGUCUGCUUUCAGGACCUCAACGUCCACGGUUUCGGAGCCGCCACCGAUUACCAGAAGGAUGUCGCCAACAUCUGGUUGGAAACCGCCGGCCUCGUCCGCAAGUUGAUGGGCGUUGGCCAAAGAAAGAUAGACAUCCUGCAAAACUUCGACGGUCUCGUUCGAAAAGGCGAGAUGCUGGUCGUUCUGGGCCCCCCUGGAUCAGGAUGUUCGACCUUCCUUAAAACGAUCGCCGGCGAGACUUCUGGCAUCUACGUUGAUGACAAGUCGUACUUCAACUACCAAGGUCUGACCGCUAAGGAGAUGCAUACCCAUCACCGCGGAGAAGCUAUCUACACCGCCGAAGUCGACGUCCACUUCCCUAUGUUGACUGUCGGCGACACGUUGACCUUUGCCGCCCAUGCACGUGCCCCCCGCCAUCUCCCGCUCGGAGUAGACAGGGACGCCUACGCCACUCACCUGCGAGACGUCACGAUGGCCAUGUUCGGUAUCUCGCACACCGUCAACACCCGGGUCGGCAACGAGUACGUCCGCGGCGUGUCGGGAGGUGAGCGCAAGCGCGUAACCAUCUCCGAAGCCGCCCUCAGCCGCGCGCCCUUGCAGUGCUGGGACAAUAGCACCAGAGGUCUCGACAGCGCCAACGCCGUCGAGUUCUGCAAAACGCUGAGGACCCAGACCGAGCUGUUCGGAAACACCGCUUGCGUGUCCAUCUACCAGGCGCCCCAGACGGCCUACGACUGCUUCGACAAGGCCCUCGUCCUAUACGAGGGACGCCAAAUCUUCUUCGGGAGAGCCGACGAGGCUAAACAGUACUUCAUCAACCUCGGAUUCGACUGCCCCGCCCGCCAGACUACCCCUGAUUUCCUGACCUCCAUGACGAGUUCCGCCGAACGCGUCGUCCGGGACGGGUUCCAAGGCCGAGCUCCGCGGACUCCCGACGAGUUCGCCACGGCCUGGAAGAACAGCGCCGAGUACCGGGCCCUUCAAGCCGAGAUUGAGGAGUACAAGCAGUCCCACCCCUUCGACGGACCGGAUGCUCAGGCUUUCCGCGCUUCGAGACGGGAGCAGCAAGCCAAGAGCCAGCGCGUUCAAUCGCCCUAUACCUUGUCGUAUUGGCAACAGGUCAAGCUAUGCCUCUGGCGUGGAUUCCGCAGACUGAAAGGCGACCCCAGCCUAACUGUCGGCUCUCUCGUCGGAAAUAUCAUCAUGGGCCUCAUCGUUAGCAGCGUCUUCUACAACCUCCAGGAGGACUCGAGCAGUUUCUUCCAGCGUGGUGCCCUGCUCUUCUUCGCCUGUCUCAUGAACGCGUUUUCUAGCGCCCUGGAAAUUCUAACCCUCUAUGCGCAACGUCCCAUCGUCGAGAAGCACAGCCGCUACGCCCUCUACCAUCCCUCGGCGGAAGCCAUCGCCUCUAUGCUCUGCGAUAUGCCGUACAAGGUUAUCAACUCUAUCGUGUUCAACCUCAUCCUGUACUUCAUGACAAACCUACGGCGCGAACCCGGGGCCUUCUUCUUCUUCCUGCUCAUAACCUUCUUCACCGUCCUGGUGAUGAGCAUGAUUUUCCGCACCAUCGCGUCUGCCUCCCGAACUAUGUCGCAAGCCAUGGUGCCCGCCGCGCUACUGAUUCUCGACCUCGUCAUCUUCACCGGUUUCGUCAUCCCGAUCGACUACAUGUUGUCGUGGUGUCGCUGGCUCAACUACAUAGAUCCUCUCGGCUACGCCUUCGAGGCUUUGAUGGCUAACGAGUUCCACGGCCGCGAAUUCCCGUGCACUGGAUUCGUACCGAACCCUCUCGUCCCCGGCUACGGCUUCGCAGAUGUCGGCCCGAAUAACCGUGCCUGCAGUAGCCCCGGCAGCGUGCCGGGAAGGGAUACCGUCAACGGCGACGCGUACAUCAACAGUGCUUUCCGAUACUAUUACGAGAACCGCUGGCGCAACUUUGGUAUCGUGGUCGCCUUCGUGGUUUUGUUCCUGACGACGUACCUGGUCGCUGCCGAGCUUGUGUCCGCGAAGAAGUCUAAGGGCGAGGUCCUCGUGUUCCGACGUGGCUACAAGCCCGCCCAGUUCAAGGAAAAGAAGGGCGAUGCGGAAGAAGGCGAAGGCCCUCGCGUCGGCCCUAUUGUUACCAACGCUAGCCGGGCGCACGGCGCCGGCAAGGAGGCGGGUAUGCUACAGGAACAGACUAGUGUCUUCCACUGGAACGACGUCUGCUACGAUAUUAAGAUCAAGGGCGAGCCGAGGCGCAUCUUGGACAACGUCGACGGCUGGGUGAAGCCCGGUACCCUGACUGCUCUCAUGGGUGUUUCUGGCGCGGGUAAGACCACGCUCCUCGAUGCUCUGGCCGAUCGUAUCACUAUGGGUGUCAUCACUGGCGAGAUGCUCGUCGACGGUCGUCCGCGCGAUAACUCUUUCCAGCGCAAGACCGGCUACGUCCAGCAACAGGAUCUCCACCUGGCCACUACCACCGUCCGCGAAGCUCUGAAUUUCUCUGCCCUGCUACGCCAGCCGGCCGACGUCCCGCGUGAGGAGAAGCUUGCCUAUGUCGAAGAGGUGAUCAAGCUCUUAGAUAUGCAAGAGUACGCCGACGCCGUCGUCGGCGUCCUCGGCGAAGGUCUCAACGUCGAGCAGCGCAAGCGUCUUACUAUCGGUGUCGAACUCGCUGCCAAGCCCCCGUUGCUACUCUUCGUCGACGAGCCUACCUCCGGUCUCGAUUCCCAGACUUCGUGGGCCAUCCUCGAUCUCCUCGAGAAGCUCACCAAGAGCGGACAGGCCAUUCUCUGCACCAUCCACCAGCCCUCUGCCAUGUUGUUUCAGCGCUUCGAUCGCCUGCUCUUCCUAGCCAAGGGUGGCAAGACCGUCUACUUCGGCGACAUCGGCGAGAACUCCAAGACCUUGACGAGCUACUUCGAGCGCAACGGUGCCCCUGCCUGUCCCCCUGAUGCCAACCCCGCCGAGUGGAUGUUGGACGCCAUCGGCGCGGCGCCGGGCAGCUCGACGGACGUCGACUGGUUCCAGACGUGGCGCCAGAGCCCCGAGUACAGAGACGUGCAGGCCGAGCUCCAACGGCUGAAGGACGAGGCGUCGCCGGCCCCUACGCGUGCCGAGGACGAGCAGUCCUUCCGCGAGCACGCUGCUAGCUUCUCCUCGCAGCUGCGCGAGGUCACGUACCGUGUGUUCCAGCAGUACUGGCGCACGCCGUCGUAUAUCUACUCCAAAGCCAGCCUCUGCAUCCUCAUUGCUCUGUUCAUCGGUUUCGUCUUCUUCAACGCGCCCAACACGAUCCAGGGCUUGCAGAAUCAGAUGUUCGCUAUCUUCAACAUCCUCACCAUCUUCGGCCAGCUCGUCCAGCAGACGAUGCCCCAUUUCGUCACCCAGAGAUCGCUAUACGAGGUCCGCGAGCGCCCGUCCAAGGUCUACAGUUGGAAGGCCUUCAUGCUGUCGCAGAUCAUCGUCGAGAUCCCCUGGAACACGCUCAUGGCUGUGUUCAUGUAUUUCUGCUGGUACUAUCCCGUCGGCCUCUACAGGAACGCCGCGGAGGCCGACCAGGUCACCGAGCGCGGCGCUCUAAUGUUCCUACUCCUCUGGGCCUUCUUGAUGUUCACCUGCACCUUCACCGACAUGAUCAUCGCCGCUUUCGAGACGGCCGAGGGCGGUGCUAACAUCGCGAACCUGCUCUUCAUGCUCUGCCUCAUAUUCUGCGGUGUCCUCGCCAACCCCUCCACCAUGCCCAGGUUCUGGAUCUUCAUGUAUCGCGUCAGCCCCUUCACCUACUUGGUGUCGGCCAUGCUGUCGACGGGCGUCGCCAACACCUACGUCGUGUGCGCCUCUAACGAAUGGGUUCGCUUCGACCCCCCGAGCGGCCUCAACUGCGAGCAGUAUAUGCAGAACUACACGCUCGCCCUCGGCGGCUAUCUGCAAGAGGGCACCAGUCAACGCACUUCGGACUGCAGCUUCUGCACCAUGUACGACACCAACACGUUCUUGGCCGGUGCCGGGUCUGAUUACAACGACCGAUGGCGCAACUUUGGCAUCCUCUUCGCCUACAUCGUAUUCAACAUCUUCGGCGCGCUCUUCCUGUACUGGCUCACGCGCGUCCCCAAGGUAAAUAAGGACAAGAAGGUCAAGAAGGAGUAA